CUCCGUGUCACCACCCAGGAAGCAUCACCAUGGCAACCUCAGCAGCAAACAAUGCUGCCAGGAAGAUCUUCCCUACAAAGCUGCCCCUCCUGCAGGGAGGCCCAGAAGAAUGGCCAGCAACCUGCAAAGAUCGCCCAGAGGGCAGAGUGACCCAUCCCGAGUCAGAGAACCAUUCCUGAAGAUGGUCCACGCCCAGGAGACCCUCCCGAUUCACCGCACGUGGGCUCAACGCGAAUUCCUCCUCCCCAGCGAGUCCUCGGAGCUGCCCGGCUUCACCCGGCAAGCCUACCGCCAGCUGGCCCUGAAGAUGCCACCCUGCACGGACACAAAGGCCAAGGUGCGUCAGCGCCUAGCCGGCCCUUGGAAGAACGCGGCCCAGCACACCUGGGGCUUCCACACGUGGCUGGACGUGGGGCGUCUGCCCGCCACCUUCCCCACCAGGCCCGACAGGCCCUAUGACAGCAACGUCUGGCGCUGGCUGACCGACUCCAGGGCCCACUGCCUCCCCCCGGCAGAGCCCCCCGUGCCCCCUCCCUCCCGGAUGGGUCCAAACAGCUUUCUGAGCUUCAUCUGCUCUACACCUAUCUUCCUGGACGCCAACAGGAAGAACCAAGUGAUUCUCAGGACGAUGAAGGAGCUGAAAGAGGUGGAGAAGCUCAAGCUGAGGAGCAAGGCGAGGGCGCCUCCCCUCGACGCCCACGGCAACAUCCUGCCCCCAAAGAACUUCAGGAAGUACCAACACAUCUCAGCUGGUGGAAGGUGUGAGCCCCAGGGCCUCCAGCUCGUGCCCAACCCACUCCCCAACAACUUUGCCAGGAGUUGGCCCUGCCCCAACCCGCUGCCUCAUUACAGGGAGAAGGCCCUCAAGCUGGCCUUGCUGCCCAGUGCGCCUCUGAGCCAGGACCUCGUGAGGGCUUUCCAAACCCUGCUAGAGGACCAGGCAGCCUUGCCCCUCCACCAUCUCUCCGGGACCCACCCUGGUGAAACCUUAGCGAGAAAGAGGAGACCUGGACACAUCUAGAAGUCUCUUGGGGCCGGUGGGGAUGGCGGUGGGCACACAGACCCCCCAGGCUCCACUGUUCUCAACCAGCACGCCUUCAGCAAGAGGACUUGGCUGCCUGAAGAACUCUGGCUUCUGCAAGAUGCUUCCCACCGUCCCCCCA